AGUCUGCUCCACAGCCUCCGCAUUCAGGGCCUCUGUUGGCGGCCACGAGAGCAAAGAGCCGUGAGGCAGCAGGCUAAGCCUGGCAAGUCCCGUACUGGGAGUGCAAACCUGUGGCUACUGGGAGCCAGGAAGGAUCUGUGGGGGUCGCAGGCGGAGGAGACGCUUUAGCGAGCGAGAGGAGGCAGGGACUUGGCUGAGAGUAUCCCAUGGGGAUGAGGGAGUGGCUUCCGAAGAGCGACGCGACUAACCAGUCAGAGGGAGGGAUGACACAAGGAGCUAAUGGACAGGCAAGGGUGGGGCCUGUAGGAUAAGAGGGCUUGGAAGGGAUUGUUCAAGGAUGUGGGAUUUUGUCUUAGAAGACCGAAGGAUAAAUUCCCUGCGCCUGGCGGCCCCCAUGUGGAAUGGGCGUAUCAGGGGCAUCCAUCGCCUGGGUGGGGCAGUGGCCCCAGAGGGCAAUCAGAAGAAGGAAAGGACAAUACUCCAGUUCCUGACCAACUAUUUCUACGAUGUGGAAGCUCUGAGGGAUUACUUGCUGCAAAGGGAGAUGUACAAGGUGCAUAAGAAAAAUCGAUCUUACACCUGGCUGGAGAAGCAACAUGGUCCAUACGGCGCAGGUGCCUUUUUCAUCCUGAAGCAGGGAGGCGCAGUCAAGUUUCGAGACAAGGAGUGGAUCAGGCCAGAUAAGUAUGGCCAUUUCUCUCAGGAGUUCUGGAAUUUCCGUGAAGUGCCUGUCGAAGCUGUGGAUGCCAGUGACUGUGACAUCAACUACGAGGGCCUGGACAACCUCCUCCUCCUGAAGGAGCUCCAGUCCUUGUCGCUGCAGCGCUGCUCCCACGUGGAUGACUGGUGUCUCAGCCGCCUCUACCCACUGGCCGACUCGUUGCAGGAGCUCUCGCUGGCCGGUUGUCCCCGCGUCUCCGAACGGGGCCUCGCCUGCCUCCACCACCUCCAGAACCUCCGCAGGCUGGACAUCUCGGACCUCCCUGCUGUGUCCAACCCUGGCCUCACUCAGAUCUUGGUGGAGGAGAUGCUGCCCAAUUGCGAGGUUGUGGGGGUCGACUGGGCCGAGGGCCUGAAGUCAGGACUGGAGGAGCAGCCUCAGGACACAGCCAGCCCUGUCCCUGCCUAGCCUUCAGCCCUGUCCCCACUUGCAUGGCUUCUCAGCGGGCUGCAUGGAAUGUCUGGUAGCUCGCCACACUUCUGGCUUCCAGAAGUGGUGGGGUGAGUGGUGGGGUGGGGGAGUGGUGCUGGCCAGUCAAAGGGAGAGAGUUCCCAGUAUUUAUUCCUGGCUGCCCUUGGCUAAAGGUCACAGCUGCUGCCACCCUGUCAGGCAGCCCUUUCCAUGCCCCUCUUCAGGCCUGGGGAGGUAAAGGCUCAGGCUGUCAGUAGCCGCAGAGAGCCACACUCACCUCGUCAAGAGACUCUUCUCACACUGUCCUUAUGUGAGUGCACUGCCAUAUUCUUGCAGGGACCCUGACUGACACAGGGGCUACUACUGACGCUUUGCAGGGAUGGUUCUCCCCCGUGCGGGGCCGCUCUGCUCACUGCAGGACGUGCAGCAUCCUUCACCCCACUCCACUCACUAAAGGCCAGCACACCCCAGGCCCCAUGGUAUUGCUGGUUAUGGAUUUAUUGACUUUACAUUCCAAAUUCAGCUUUUUUGGUCGGCUGUUUUUUGGAAGGGGAUAAGCUUUGUCAGUAGAGGGCACCAAACAGGCAUUAUAGGAGGAAAGGUGCCUCCUUCCUGGUUCCUGUUGGUUGUGCUUCUGCCUCUGGACCCUGCAGUGCAUGUGGCUUCCCCAGCACCCAGCUCCUGAAGCACCAGGUGGUCAGCAGCUGCCCUUGGCACCCUCCAGCCCUCAGAAGUUGUGUAGGAGACACAGCGCCUCCACUGAGGCACCUCUCUGGGAAUAAUGUUCCCCAGCACCCCAGAUGGAUUUCCAGUCAAUUCAGAAACAUUUUACCAGUGAAGCCCUCAUUAUUCCAGUUCACUGUUAAAGCCAGUAAUUCUCUAUAUUAAACUUUCCCUGUUCAAGUUA